GCGUCGGCUGCGCACGCCACAACACAACACAACUGCCCCCGGACGCACGCCGUGUCGCACCGCCGCCAGAGUCAGGCCAAUUUCGGAUAAUAUCACAACACCUUCUCGAGGGGACGCUGUCAUUUUGAGGCUCCGUCGUGGAAUAUAUAGGUGCUCAGAGGCCUCACGUGUGACAAACAUACCGUCAGAAACAUACCGUCUCACGAGCCCCGUGUGUUGUCCUGCAGUGUGUGACCGGCGGUGCACACUCAUGCCAGACGAGGCAGGGCGAGGAGUACAAACACCUUGACUGGCACAGCGUGGAGGAGAGAGCGUCAGAGUUGAGGGCCAAGCACUCAGGGACAUGUCCAACGGCACUGGAAGAGGUCAUGGGGGUCUUAACCAACUAGGCGGAAUGUUUGUUAAUGGCCGUCCACUUCCGGAGGUGAUCCGGCAACGCAUUGUGGACAUGGCCCACCAGGGGGUCAGGCCCUGUGACAUCUCCCGCCAGCUCCGCGUCAGCCACGGCUGCGUCAGCAAGAUCCUGGGACGCUACUACGAGACAGGCAGCAUCAAGCCCGGUGUGAUCGGCGGCUCCAAGCCCAAGGUGGCCACGCCAAAGGUUGUGGACAAGAUAGCAGAGUACAAGAGGCAGAACCCCACCAUGUUCGCCUGGGAAAUCAGGGACCGGCUGCUGACAGAGGGAGUGUGUGACAGCGACACGGUGCCCAGCGUGAGCUCCAUUAACAGAAUAAUCCGUACAAAGGUCCAACAGCCGUUCAAUCUGCCUCUAGAUGGGAAAGGCCUGAGUCCAGGACACACCUUGAUCCCCAGUUCUGCGGUCACCCCUCCCGAAUCUCCUCAGUCGGACUCCUUGGGCUCCACCUACUCCAUCAGCGGCCUGCUGGGUAUCCCUCAUCCCAGCGCCGAGGGCAAGAGGAGCCACGACGACAGUGACCAGGACAGCUGUCGGCACAGCGUGGACUCUCAGGGCAGCGGGGGCGUCCCGAGGAAACACAUGAGAUUGGAUCAUCAUUUCUCAGCCGCCUCGCAACAUCUGGACUGCGGGUUCGAUCGUCACCACUACCCACCGGACUCAUUCGGCUCAGCCUCCAGCAGCAAGACAGAGCAGACUUUGUACCCACUGUCCCUGCUCAACGGCAGCCUCGACGAGGCCAAGACCAGCCUCUCAGCAUCCAGCUCCACCAUUGGACGGAAUCUGACAGCACAUCAGAGCUACACCAUGGUGACAGAGCCCCUACAGUCCCUGCCGCUCUGUCUAAAACAGGAAAUGUCCCCCGAAGUGACCAGCACCAGCCCGUCCCCACACAUGGCGGCCUCCAACCUGGCAUUCAUGGAGCUGCAGGCGCUGCAGAAGCCCGUCUCUGUCAGCAGCAGCUGUAGCUCCAACCAUUUCCCCAAUGCGUUCAACUCAUUCUCCCAUCAUGCACCAGUGUACGGGCAGUUCGGCAGUCAGUCUGUCAUCUCAGGACGUGACAUGGUGAGCUCCACCUUGCCAGGUUACCCACCUCACAUCCCCUCCCCUGCACAGUCAGGAUACUCCUCCUCUGCCAUCACAGGCAUGGUAGCAGCAGGUGCAGACUACACUGGUCAAUCCUACACCCACUCGCCCUACACCUCCUACAGCGAAGCCUGGAGGUUCACCAACUCCAGCAUCCUGGGUUCUCCCUAUUACUACAGCUCGGCCUCCCGCACAGCUCCACCGUCUGCAGCCGCCUACGACCACCUCUAGUCCCCCGCCGCGUGGACACACUCGCUUGCCGAUGGACCAGGCUCGACCUACUGGAGAACUUGACUCUGUCGCGGACCAAGGCAUGAAAAUUGAAAAACUGGAUGUGACUCUGCUGACAAGCCAGCCAACACACGUUUCUUUUCUUACAUCCUCUCAUGGUGUACACCACACCUGUACUUCCGCCUUAUUUAUUUGUCAGCACUGACACCAUUUCCCAGGGUUAACUCUCUGACUCAUGCAUGUUUACACAUUGCUAACACUGAACUCCUCGCAGGGCCUGUUUUUUCCAGAGACUCAGCCUGACGUCUCACAUCAAGGAUCUUAUUUUCACGAUAUAUAGAGCUCUUUAAUGCUGUUACGGCCAAAGACUUUCUUUUUUCGCACAUCUGCAACUUGACUCCACUGAUUCAGUGAGAAGGGAUAUGCAACUUCUUUAAAAAUGAACUAUGCCCACUUUUGUUUACAAUUAAUGUUUUGGGUUUAAUUUUCAAAUUGUGAACCCUGUCCCGUUAUCACGGAUGAAUUCCUUUUUUCUUGAUCUGUGUCUGCUUGCAAAAUUAAUUUUUUGUGAUUUGUUCCCACUGUAAAUUCAGACAGCUUUUCCCAUGUAGACUAAAGGGUGACACAUUAAAUCACACUUACAGCAAAAUGCCAACGUAUGCCCCCCAACGUCAAUUGAUGUAUCUGUUUAGCAAUAUGUACAUAUUGUAAAUGAUGAAUUACUUAUGGGGAAGUGAUGCAAUUUGUCUCAGAGAAUGACUGAUGAGGGAGGGGGAGGGGGCUAAUUUUCGGCUACUAAAACCAACAGGGCUUGAAAUGGGCCUGCAUUUGUUUUUUUGCUUCAAAUAAAUUCUGUUUGUUGUCAUGCCGAUGUUCUGAUGUUUGGUAAGAACUGUGACUAUUUUUUCUUAUACUGUUAUUAUUAAUAUUAUUGCAAAUGUAAAUAAUGAAUUUCUAAAGAAUUAUUUUAAUUAAAGCAUGGCAAAUUUA